UAUUGAAGCGUUUAUUUUGAAAUAACAGGACAAUCGCUUUUUCUGAAAGUGUACUUCCGGUCGUAAACAGCAAAGAUGGCUGCUUGCUCUGUUCGUUGGGCUCUGAACCGGUUCAGGUGUUUAGCGGGAAGUCCGAUCCGGAUCUCAGCGGGCCUCGGGUCAGUGACGUCACAACACGUGGCGGGAAAACAGUUGGCCUGCUGGGAAAAGGUGAGCAGACAUGAGUCAGUUUGGAGAAAUGUCCUGUCUGUUGAGAGAGGAGGGCGACGGCGGCGGCGGCUUCUGUGGGCAGCAGUGGCCUUAUCCUUGUUCCGGGGUUCUGAUGACGAGCACGAUGAAGCUCAGAGGAGGGAGGACGAGAUGCUGUUGCUGCUGAAGAAGGCCAAGCUCAGUAUACACAGAGGGCAGCUGCCGGCGGCGUCCAUCUUCCUCCAUCAGGCCGUCACUCUGGCUCAUCAGACCCACAACCACCAGGCCAUCGUCUACACCUACAGCCUGAUGGCGAACCUGGCCUACAUCCAGGGUCAGCUGGACCAUGCGGAGAAACUCUUCAAAGCAGCAAUGAGCUUCAUGUUGUCAGGGGGAACCCCAGAGGACGACAAUGCCGUCAUCGAGAUGUCCCUGAAGCUCGCCACCAUCUACGCUGAACAGAACAAGGUGGAGCUGGCAGAACAUGGCUUCAGGUUUUGUACAGAGUCUCUGGAAGCCAAACUGGAGAAACAGAAUGCACUGCCAGCAGAGGAGAAACCAGAUGAGCAGGAGGCUCUGAGGAAGGACACACGUCUCCUGCUUGGUCUCUGUUUUGAUUCAAGAGCCCGUUACCGAGCCUCAAAUCUACACCUAAACCUGGCUGCACAGGACUACCAGAAGGCGCUCAACAUCUGCCGGCAGGAGCAGGGAGACACACACCCUCAGACUCUGGUGCUGAUGAGUGACCUGGCCACCGUCUUGGAUCUGCAGGGUCGCCAUGACGAUGCCCUGGUGCUGGUUCAGCAGGCUGUAGACGUGAGCCGCUCUGCUGGACACCCAGACCAGCAUGUUCUGCUGGGUAAUUUGGCUGGGAUUUUGCUGCACAAAGGUCAGCUGGAUGACUCGGCCCGGUUUUACCAGGAGGCUCUGGUUUUAGCUCAGCAAGCUGGAGACCAGGAGGCCAUAGACCAGAUGCAGGAGGGCUUGAAAGAGGUGAAGAAGAGGAGGGACAAGGCAACACAAGACUGAGAGUCCGACUGCGGUCCCAGAGAACUGUGGUUCUGAGGAGAAUCAUGACAUUGUGCAUUUGGACCAGCAUCGUGGUGACCUGCGACCUGACCUUUUCUCCUCUUCAAGUGUCACAGUUCUAGACUCUACCUAUAAUAUUGUUGUUUGUUCCUCAUUGUGGUAAACUGUGAAGUAUUAAUACACACCUGCAGUAUAUGCACUGCAUAGACCUGUGUGUUUUUUGGGUUCCCACAGGUGUGACGCAGGUGAACUUCCUGUUGUGUUUAGUGAACAUAUAAGAAUAAAAGCAAAGUGACGACAGUAAACAGAGAAGAGACACAACAAACAGCAGAUUAACAACACACCCUGGGAAAUGCUCAGAUGUAAACACACACAGCUGUCAAACAUAAAAGCUGUCAGUGAUUGAACAGUAAAAGGGAUUUCAUAAAGUUUUUCUGACACUCAUUAUUAAUUGGAGCCAGAUGUUUGGCUAAAGUAUUAAAACAGUGUUUGUGUCCAUGUGUCCAGUGGA